GCUGGCAGACAUUUGCGUCAGUGUCAGAUACAGUCUCAAUGCCAUCCUUCCCCAGCCUGGCUCAGCAAAGGAGGCAGGAGGGAGCUGGGUGGGUUAAGAACAACAUAGAAGAACAACUGGACAGUCAGACCAUUUCACACGGACAUAGGACAACUUCCACAUACACACACCAGUUCUUGGACACAGAGACUUAGCCUCCGCUCUUGGGCACAUUUACAAAAAAAAGUCACAAUCCUCUAGGAGUUUUGUGCACUCCAUACAUCCUCCCUUUGCACCUGCUGGAUCAGAGUCCUUUGCCCACCUUGCCUCCCAUCAACCCCAUGCUGAUGUUGUUGCUGGCCCUGCUCCUGCCUGCUGCUGUUGCUGGCUGCAGCAGGGAAGAGGUGGACAGGCCUCUCAUCCUGGCAAAGAUCAAGGCACAUUUCCUGGAGACCCUUGGUCCUGUUCCCCAAAGUGGAAGGAGCCAGGUGGGGCAGCGGAAGGGGCUCCACAGAAGACAUGCCUCAGGUACACCAGCAGCUGGGAGAUGGGCAGAAGAGGACACGUCCCAAGUGAUUGUCUUUCCAUCCACAGAUGUGCCUUGCGGGCCACCUGAGCCUGACGAGCUACCGGAGGAGGAAGGGCUUUUCACCUACAUUUUCAAGCCCUCCGCACAUACUUUGAGUCGCGUCAUCACCUCAGCCCAGCUAUGGUUCUACACAGGUCCUGUGACAAUGGAGAGCAGCAGCCCCUCAGAGGCAGCAUCCAACAGCUCCAGGCCAAAGGCAGAGGUACUCAAGCUCUCAGAACAAGGCCGGAUCCCUGUGGCUACCACAGCAGUGCCAGCCCAAGAGGGCUGGACAGUCUUUCACUUUGGAGCCUCCUUCUUCCCUUACAUUGCCCAGAUAUUUGUGUUGUUCAUUCAUUGCCCUGGCUGUCCCUGUGUGGCUAAUGCUGAAAAGAUACCAUUCCUUGUGAUAUCCACCAAAUCCAAGGUACGUGACCGGGCCCGGCGAUCCUCACUGCCCUUGCUACGAGGGGAUCCUAGUUUUCUCCAGCUCCUUUCAAGUGAUGCUACAGUCCAUGCUAAUUGCCACCGGGCCUCCAUUAACAUCUCCUUUGAAGAACUGGGUUGGGACAAGUGGAUUGUGCACCCUAGCAGCUUUCUGUUUCACUAUUGCCACGGGAGCUGCCCUGACACUACGUUCACACACAGGCCCAACUUCCAACUGUGUUGUGCAGCCUUGCCAGGCACCAUGCAUCCUCUGCGGGUUCGCACCACUUCAGAUGGUGGCUUCUCCUUCAAGUAUGAGACAGUGCCCAACAUCAUCACCCAAGACUGUGCCUGCAUAUAGCAGACCCAACUUCAGAGGAACAACACAUCCCUAAAGAAAGACUUUUGCAUGGCUCAUUUCACCCCUGGGUGAACAAGUAUCAUCUCUCAUUUGGGUCCACCUGAACUGGUUAAGCAUGCAACCUAGCAAACUCAGGUUCGUGCCUUUCUGUAUAUUGCCCGAUGGUGCCUUAUGACUCACUCACUCAGUAUAAAGACUGCUUAACUAAAGAUAGAUACAGCCAUUCACUAAACGUUUGUGCUCUUCCCAGCCAGUUUUAGGAGUCAAACUACAUGUCACAUAAAGCUACAGCAACCUUUAAGGCUAUAGUCGAGCAUAGACACACCAGGACUGGAUGGAGAAACUGCUCAGUCUUUUGUCACAGUUUUCAUGCAAUGAAGACUGCUUCCCAAGCUGUUUUCCCUUCUCAAAAAAGAGAAAACAGCACUAAUAGUCUUCCCAAGCCUGGAAUCUUCCAGAUGUGUUGGACUACAUCUCCCAUCACCCACCUAACAUGAUUUUUUUUUCCCUUGCUGACUGGAGGGAUGGAAUGGAAGCUGCAAUCCAUCCAUCUGAAGGCAACCAGUAUAGGGAAGCCUGUGUUAUAGAAUCAUGAAAAUCAGUGUCAAAGUGAUUUUGAGCAGAAAAACAGCUGAAAAUCCUUAGGGGUCUGGAUCAACUUUUCUCACCAGAGUCAGACCCUAAGUCUUCUUUCCCAUGAUCAGAACACCAUUUAUGGUAUAUGUAGGACAAUGGCUCCCCAGAUGUUAUUCUUGGAU